UUUCAGAACGAUCCCAUUUUAACCAGCGGCCUUGUUAACCUGCUUCCUACUGAUACAGAGAGCAAGGAAGAAAGUGAGACUGGAACGAGGUUAGCCUGUUCUACAAAUGAUAUAAGGAAAGGAGAAGCUGCCGUUUGCUCUUGCUGUAUAUUAAAGAAUGGAAAAAGGACAAAUAAUGAAUAUGAUAUUGGAUUACAUAAAAAACUUUCACCAAAACUUGGAGAGAGAACUGAAUAUCGUCCGACAGAAGAGAUUCAGUAUUUCCCUGGAAUAACAAACGAACAACCAAAGCAUCCCGAUUUUGCCACAAGGAGCGCAAGACUGUCUUCAUUUUCGCAUUGGACAUUGGGUCAAAUGAUAACACCGGAAAAUUUAGCAGAAGCAGGAUUUUUCUCUUCUGGUACUAAGGACAAUGUCAAGUGCUUCUUUUGUGGUGGUGAGCUUCAGGAUUGGAAACUAGGAGAUAACCCAUGGAUUGAGCAUGCUAGAUGGUUUCCCAACUGCGCGUAUGUUAAACAAUGCAAAGGAGUGGAGUUUGUUAACUUUUGUCAAACAACAAAUGUUGAUUAUCUGCCACAGAGUCAAGCGGAGGAAAUACAUGGGUCCAGUUUGAAUCAAACAAACGAGGUGCACGACCAGAGCAUCAAAGAUUUAAACAGUGUUGCUGCUAAAUUGGUUCUUAACAUGGGGUACACUCAAGAACUUGUCGAAAAAUCUAUUAAGCACACAAGGGAACAUUGCAACGACACAGAUCUGAAAGCACAACAACUUCUAGAUUACCUCCUAGACUGCAGUGACAAUGAGAGGUCGACAAAUCCCCAAAACACAUGGUCUAGUAAUCCCUUAGGUUGUGACAGUGUCAGCCAAUCACAAACACCAACAUGUAGUUUGACUGAUGACAAUAGGAGUUUAGACAAAGUGACAGGAAAUAUUGCUCCUGCAGGUGAAAGAUAUUCUCUAGAAGAAGAAAACAGACAUCUGAAAGAACAGUUGAUGUGCAAAAUAUGUAUGGACAAAGAUGCAACAGUUGUGUUUCUCCCAUGUGGUCACAUGGUUUCUUGUGUUGAGUGUGCGCAUGCGUUGAGAAAAUGUGCAGUUUGUUGUUCAGUUAUUCAAAUAACUGUGCGAACAUAUCCCGCGUAAUAAUUGCAACGCUGUAAUUUACUUUGGAUAAUCUACUUCCAUCGUAUGUUUGUUGUUAAUUAAAUAAUCAAGGCAUUCGAUUGGUUUGUCGGUUUCGCAGGAAUUGAAUGGCCGAGUGGUUAAAUAUCAAACAUCUGAACUAUGAACCGUGGUAAAUUAUAAACCCCACGAAGGUCUUGAUUGUUCACAUUCUCACAUGCUCAUUGAAAUAUGAGUAUGUUGGAAUUCAUUUAUUUGAGUAGAAAGGAAUCGGACUUCAUAUGA